GGCUCGGCAGCGGUCUGGGCAGGGUGGUACGGGCUUGCCGCGCCGUUUUCCGGAGGUUUCGGUGCGGGGCGGGCAGCGCCGGCGGCAGCAUGACUUCAGCGGCGCUGGAGAUUUUAGGGCUGGGGCUGGGCAUCCUGGGCUGGGUGGGAGUGAUCCUGGCUUGCGGGCUGCCCAUGUGGCAGGUGUCGGCCUUCAUCGACGUGAACAUCGUGGUGGCGCAGACCAUCUGGGAAGGGCUGUGGAUGAACUGCGUGGUGCAGAGCACGGGGCAGAUGCAGUGCAAGGUGUACGACUCCAUCCUGGCGCUGCCGCCCGAGGUGCAGGCGGGCCGGGCGCUCACCGUCGUCGUGGCUCUGCUGGGGCUGGUGGCGCUGAUGGUGACCGUGGUGGGCGCCCAGUGCACCAAUUGCAUCCGGCCUGGCAAGAUGAAAUCCCGCAUUGUGAUCGCCGGCGGGGCUAUCUACAUCCUCUGCGGGGUCCUGGUCCUCGUCCCACUCUGCUGGUUCGCCAACAUCGUCAUCAGCGACUUCUACGACCCCACCGUGCCACCGUCCCAGAAGCGGGAGAUGGGGGCCGCGCUCUACAUCGGCUGGGCGGCCACGGCCCUGCUGCUCUUCGGGGGCUGCCUCAUCUGCUGCUGCUCCUGCUCCCAGCACGACGAGACCUCCUUCCCCGUCAAGUACUCGGCACCGCGGCGGCCCACCUCCAACGGCGAGUACGACAAGAAGAACUACGUCUGAGCGGGGCUGCCCCGCUCCCCCCGGCCCACAGGGGACACGGACAGAGGGCUGCGAGCCGGCCGGCACCGGGCACGGCGCCGGGACCGGCUGCGGUGAGCUCCAGCGCUCCCCUGCCUAGAGGCUCUUCUUAACGGGGACCCCCGUGAAGCGGCAGCCCUAGGCAGGGCAGCGCCCCCGCCAGCCCGGCUCCCCGGCGGGUCUGGCCGCUCCGCUGCGCCGCCGGGCACCCGGUACUGACCGUCCGCGGGCCCGGGGCGAGCGGAGCACCCCCCGCCGAACCCGCGUCCUCCCGGCCCGGGGGAACCGAGGAGCCGGGGCGAGACGCGGCAGCGUCUGCCGGGACGCCCCGGCCGGGCUCCCGCCGCGGCUCCCGGCCCCUCCCCGGCCCGCCCGUGAGUACUUCACCCCCCGCUCUCGCUGCCGGUGCCGCUCGGGGCACCGCCUGGCCGGGAGCACCGGGCCGCCGGGCGUGCACUGUCGCCGAGGAGAAGCCUCCCUUCUUCAUUUUCUCCCCCGAAAACCUGCAUCUGGCUGUUCCUGCUGGGGCUUUCACUAGUUAGGGGGAUUUUGUUCUAUUUGGGCAACUAAACUAGGGCUUUUGUCUAAAGCAUGACACUAACCUUGGUCCUUAAUCCCGCUGGCAAGUAACUGUUUGGAGAAAGGUGAUUUAUUUAGUUGUUGCAGUCUCUCGGAGGAGUGCAUUGCUGGGUGUGUCUUUGAGACCUUUGAAAGAGAUGUCAGGUAGUUGAUGUCGUUUAGUGAAGCACAAGCCAGAUUACACUAGGUUGCCCCUCGAGGUUUUUCAUCCCUUCUCCUUCAUCAGCUUCUGUUCUGUUUACUUGAAUAUGAACUCAUUGCCAGAAGUAUUGGAGGACUAGACUCAGAUCUAGGAGAUCUUUGUGUGUCCUGACUCCAGUGGGGCAUCCCUCUGCAUCCUCUCAUCUGCACUACAGGAGACUGGAACCAAAAAUUGUCCCAGAUGUUAAUGGUUGGGGGUAUGGGUGGUUUUCAUGACCUUCUUGCCAAGCCGCACUUGCUGCCAAUUUUGAUUUGUGUGUUCAGCUGGACAUACACUUGGUUGGCUCCCCAUCAUAAUUUUGUUAACGCGUGCUUUCCUCAUUUACCAAAUCAGGCAAAGCAAUUGCUAGAAGAAUUUUACCAAAUAUCUUGACUGAGACUUUAUGCAGGCUCAUCAAAAGAUGUGAAGUCAUGGCUCUUGCAGCUCUCAGCUCCUCCAUAUUGCCCUGGUAACACUGCAGACUGGAAGGAAGAUGCUCUGGGCAACGUAACUCUCAUUUUCUGAGCUCAACACCUGUUAAACUUUGCCACAGCCUGGAGUAUUAGCAUAAACCUUUCCAUUUUACACUGCAGAGACAAACUUUUUUUAAAGGAGAGGUUAAGGGGUGGUGUGAUAAUCUUCCAUGCAAACUACUUGUACUUUUAAAUCAACACAGAAUUCUGCCACAGACCCUGGCAGCAUCUGUAUCACCAUAAGGAGAUUUCUGCCAAGAAUCUGUGAGGCGAUGCGCUGUUUAUAUUCCUUGGAGCACAAUGCUACAACCUCGUGGGUCCCUCACAACCAUGGAGCGAUACAGUGUACACCUAACCUGAGCGUUAACUCUUACAACUUUCUGAUAAUGCCAAGACUUACGGACUAACCAUAGCCAUGGGUUUGUGACAGAUUUACAUUGACUCUGUUCUUACCUUGCUUAGCAAACUUAAAACCCCAGUGGUAUCAAUAUGUAUGCAGACCUGAAUGACAGACUAAAGCCUUGCCCCUACAAAUUUUCAUGUUGACUAUUGAACACACAAUUUACCCUUUUAAAGAUAACUGCUUUCAUUUUAAAACACAUAAAUAGCAGGGUCUGAGCCCAUCAGAGAAUACAAAAGCAGAGCACUAUGUCUAGAACUAGUUUUGCUCUAUAAAGAGGUGCAGUUCUUAUACCAUCUGCAUUUAAAUAAAAGCUAUAAUAUUGUUGUUAUGAUGUGAUACGUAGUUUUGGUACAAGAAGGAAAUAUUCUGUAUUUCAUCAUUGCAACUUUUUUUAAACCGUGUAACCUUGUAAAAUGUAAAUGUAUUUAAAAGCAUAUAUUUUACAAGAAAUCUACCAAAAUUGGCUUGUUACGUGGUUUGGUGCCUUUAUUUGUUUUAUGGUUACUUUAUUUUAAAUUAUAACAUCCAACUGUAUUUGUCAGCCAGCCCAUAGACACACCACGCCCUCACUCAACUCUCUUGCAUCUAGCAAACCAGUCAACUGGUAUCAGCCCAAAUUCUGGACCUCAAUCUCUUGUCUCAAAUUAAAGAACUGAAAAACAACCCUCACUGACAAACACAACCGCAUGCAUCUGUAUUGUAGACUCUUUAGAAAUGUUGCAGGAUUUGGGCUCUGUCCAAAAGAUGAAGUCUUUCUGGGCAGUGCAUCACUAGCGUUUAAAAUCAAGUCAAAAGUGGUGCCUUGGGGAGAAGGAGGGAAACCCACACCCUAGAAGGGAAUGGUUUUUUAACAAGCCAAACUUCUUGACAUGUAGCUUUGCGUUACGGCAGGGCUCAAUUCUCUUAUAACCAAAAUUUGAAACAAUUACACAUGACCUCUUCAAAGAAGCCAGCACUAACUGUGAAUGUACUAGUAAACACAGCAUCAUACCAAAAACACGCUACUGCUGAUGUAACCAUGUUUUGCUGAGGUCAGUGGGGCAGUGCCCAACAAUACUAGCAGGAAGUGGGGCCCAUUUUUAAAAAAUAUUUUUAUAUUUAAUCUCAUCCUUCACUAUACUUAGUUGUUGCUGCGCUUUAAAAAAAUAACCUAAGAGAACGCUGUUACCGACGGCACUGGCUUCAGGGUAGAAGUCUAAGUUGGGUUUUGCUGUUUUGUUUUACAAGAACAAAGACCUAGUCCUGAACCUUAAGACUUGGAAGCGCUCAGGUUCAGGCCCGAACCUCAUCCCAAUGAAAAAAGAAAUCUAUAGCACUUGUUUACUAUUUUUAUUUUGUAUUUAUGAUUUCACAUAAAAAUAAAAACAU